CAUUGAUUGUACUGUAUAUACCACUGUAGCCAUUUGUCCAACAAAAUAGCACGAUUGUGCCUAUGCUCUUGGACUGCGCUUUGGGUUUGGCGAGGUGGUGAAUUAAGGUAUGAGGCGCCGCCAAGAUCGGCCACCCGGUGACGCACGAAGGGAGGCACCGAAAGUCUAUGCUGGCCGGGUGUUGUGGGAAAUUAGCACCUGUAGCUGCUUGUGUUUUAGCGCACCUACAGACGAUGCAUGUACAAGCCACCAAGGUACAUACGUGCAUUGGUAGAUGGCAGUCUGCGCUCUCACUCCUUCAAUCCGCCGAGAUGCCAUUGAUUGCAGUCGAUUCCCCGUUUCCAUGUGAACGCACGUGUUGCGCAGCGCCAGGGGGUGGUCAAUUCGCCCCUGAGGACGAUGCCGAUUGCAGCGCCGGUGACUUGCGGUCUGGUCCGGCGUGCUCUGCAUCUCUGUCAUCUGCAUCUCCCGCCAGAUGCUGCUCCGAGGGUGUGACCUUUUGUCUCCUCCACAGCAGCUCCUCUCGCAUCUUCUCUCUCCUCUUCCCCACAGCGUGCAGAACGCACAAAGCAAAGUACUGCGACCAGCAAUGGAGCAUAGUGCCCAUGCACAGGCAGGUAUAUAACAAGUAUAACAAGCAGCGAAGAAACAUCCCCCAAUCCUACUCUGCACUAAAAACAGCACCAAAGCGCGGGGUGUCCCCGCUACGGGGGCCAGAAAGAGGGGAGAAGGGGGGGGCCGCUGGAAAUGCAGCAAAACGACCUGGGAGGCUGUAGGCUGGCCCCAAAAGCCCGCCGAAACUAAGAGGCAGCGAGCGCCUGUGGCUGCUCUUAGCCUGCCGAGUGCCGCUUUACCUAAGAUAGGGCCCGCCUGCUGCGACAGCCUCCCCCUUCUUUAUCAACGGAGGAGGAUACCUGGGAUGAGAUGCUAAGAGACAGUGAGAGAGAAUGGAACCCCCCCCUCUUAAUAUACCUCAGCGCAGUUGACUCGUUGCUUUUUGUCUUUUUUUUUCCCUUUUCCCUUCUUUCUCUCGCGUGUUCUUUUUACUUUUCUUUCUUUCUUCCCAAUUUUUUUUCUUGUAGCCUUGUUGUUAUUCCUUUUCUAUUCGCUGCUAGAUUAGAACGA